ACGCACAUUCAGUGCCUACAGCGAAGAGGCCCCGAUUAUGACACCCCGAGUCCCUCGCAUACUCUUGUACAUAUUGCGCCGCGAUGUCCGCCUCUCAGAUAACCCCAUAUUCUACGCUGCAUCCCUCCAGACCAGCCGACCGAGUUCAAAAUCUUCAUCAAGCUCCGAUCGGCGGCAUCGUGAUGAUUCGCUGACUUCGGAACACGGCCGCACAAAUUUCACCCACCUUUUACCCGUUUUUGUCUUCCCCGCCAACCAGAUCGAGGUCUCGGGCUUUCUCUCGUCGCCGUCCGAUAAAUGUCCAUACCCGGAGGCACGGAGUAGGGAGGCGGGAGUGUGGCGGACAGGCCCUCACCGCGCAAAAUUCAUCGCCGAUGGGGUGUGGAAUCUCAAAGAUAAGCUUGCGGGGUUAAAUUGUGGCUCAGGCCUAGAGAUGCGUGUCGGAAAAAUUCCCGAGGUGGUCUCCGACAUACUGGACUGGUACGACAAAGACGAAAAUGAAGGUGUAAUCAGCGGAGUAUGGAUUACAGACGACGAUGCCACUGAAGAGAAGGAUGACCUAGCAAGUCUGAAAAACCUCACAGAACAGCGUGGUGUAGAUUUCAAAGUUUGGGUCGACGAGAAGUACUAUGUUGACGACCGGGAUCUACCAUAUUAUGAUGAUAUCUCUAAACUGCCCAAUGUCUACACCACAUAUCGAAAGGGCCUAGAACCGCUACGCGACCGACCCCGAAACACCGUACCCACCCCCACACAACUUCCCCCGCUACCUUCCAGGAUACCGCCACAAAAACCGCCGUUUACUAUACCCUCGACUUUGGAAGGAUUGAAAGACGCUCUACUUACCCCAUUGUUAAAAGAUCCAACAUACACUCUGAAAGUACCGCCAGUAUGGCCAACCGACGCUCAAUCAGCACAUCCUUUUUCCGGCGGCGAAACAAAUGGCCUGGACCGGAUACAACAUUUAGUCAGAACAGGAGCAAUGAGUUCCUACAAAGCCACGCGCAAUGGCAUGCUUGGUCUGGACUUCAGUACUAAAAUUUCGGCCUACCUCGCACAAGGCCAUAUCACUGCUCGGCAAGUCCACUGGGCCAUGUUUGACUUUGAGGAGGGGCGAGGACCAGGAGAAAAAGUGCCAGGCUACGGCAAAGGAGAAAACGAAGGCACCGCAGCUGUUCGGUUUGAAUUAUUAUGGCGAGACUAUAUGCGUCUCUGUAUGCGAAAGUUUGGGUACAAAAUGUUCAGCCUCUAUGGUAUUCAGACGGUCGACCAAAAAGAAUGCGACAACAAAUGGAAAAACCUGAAAUGGUCAAAGGGUCCAGGCGACGAUCCAGCAAAAACGGCCGAAGUGUUUGAGCGAUUCCGCUCCGGACGAACAGGCGUCGGCCUCAUCGAUGCCUCGAACCGCGAGCUCUUUGUCACAGGCUACACAUCGAAUCGCGCCCGCCAAAACGUCGCCUCGUUCCUCUCAUCCCACCUGAGCAUCGACUGGCGCGUAGGCGCAGAAUGGUACGAAUGCUUCCUCGUCGACUACGACGCAGCCAGCAACUGGGGAAAUUGGCAAUACGUAGCAGGCGUGGGCAACGAUCCCCGCCAGGGCCGCAUCUUCAAUCCCGUCAAGCAAGCCCUUGACUACGACAAGCACGGCGAAUACAUCAAAGCCUGGGUCCCUGAACUGCGCGGCCUCAAGCUCACGCGCUCGCUUGGACCGGGCAAGGAGGAGAUCGAUCAGCAGCGCCUAAUGGGGCUGUAUCAGGCGUGGAAGUUGAGUGAUUGGGAAAAGAACAAUUUGGGUCUCAAGGGUGUCGAUUGGGUCGAGCACCCGCUUACUCGCAUACAAUUCCAGGUUGGCCGUGGUCGUGGCGGUGGCGGACAGGAUGGAAGGCCGAAACGUGGAGGGGCUGGCGGUGGCGGCGGUGGCGGUGGUAACGGCGGAAAUGGUAGUGGUGGUGGCGUACCAUGGCGCGGAAGAGGAGGUCGUGGUCAAGGCAAUGAUCGGAACUCCAAGCGAAAGGCCGAUGAGGAGAAGUGGGUGAGGAAGAAGGAUGAUGGGCCUACGAUUGUGAGCAGUGUGCAGCGGACUUGAGAGCUUGGGAUUGAAAAGGGGGAGGACGGAUCUGUUUUUUUCUUUCGCUUUUCUUCUGGGUUAUAUCUGAUGCAUGUGAGCGUGUUGUAAAUAGGCUUGUUGAUUCCCCUUGUUCAUAACUGCGAUGGUACAUCGUGUUGCGCUUCUUUUAUCUCGAGCAUCGCGUCACGAAUUGCAUGGCAUUUUACCUUUUUG